GGGCAAACAGAAAUGACGACCUGAACAUUCUUCAGCGUCAUCUCCGUGGUUUGAACCGCCUUCUUUACAAUGAAAUUGACAUUUAUCUCCAAACCUGUAUGAGUUUAGAAACACAUUACGAAAUGCCCGAGACAGGGGUGUUGAAUCUUACUGGAACCCAGUUAACACAGACUGAAUUACAUGCUCGACUAAGCACAUGUGAUGAAAAAGAUUCCAUUCAUACUCUUAUUAUUGAUGACUGCUUCAUUAGAAAAAUCGAAAAUUAUGGUUUUGGACAAGAAACUCUAAUACAGUUUUCUCUUGCACAAAAUCAGCUUACAAGAACAUUUGGAAUUCAACAGUUUUUAAAAAUCCGAGUUUUAAAUUUGAGCAGCAAUCUUCUUAUACAGCUUGAUGGUAUUGACCAACUUCCCUACUUAGAAUGGUUUAGUGUUGCAGGCAACCAGCUACGUAAUGUGGAUAUUGUAAACAAAUGUUUCAAACUCGUUCACUUAGAUGUAUCUGACAACCAACUUACUAAUCUACCGAAAAUACACUCAGUAACAUCUCUUCAGACUCUUCUUCUUCAUCAAAACUUGAUCCGGGAUUUAAAAUCAACAUCCGAGUAUCUUCCAUCGAACAUAGAAAUCUUAUCGCUUGCUAAUAACGAGAUAUCUGAUCUAAAUAUGAUUGAGUAUCUAUCCACACUGCAUAAAUUGGACCAGCUUUCAUUAUCCAAAAACCCAUGUGUGAGCCAAGACCUCACAGAACUUAAUCUUCCUGCAAUUAAUUGUCGGCCAUUUGUGCUCAACUGGUGUCAUAAGCUUACUAUACUGAAUGGUAUAUCUGUUUCUGAAAGAGAAAGGAUAAAAGGGGAAUGGUUAUUAAGCCAAGGUUAUGGCAGAUCCUUUGCAGUUGGUCAACAUAUUGAACUUAUUACAUAUUUAUCUACUGUAUGUCCUCACAACAAGCAAGAUAAUAUGGUCGAUAAUGAAGACAUGAAACUUGACAAGAUAUUAGAACUGAAACACCAACUCCACCAUAAUCGUGGCAACACUGAUCAAACGAGCAGUCCUUCAAAGCCAAAAAGCCCAUCAAAAACCACAGAAAGGCCAUUACCGUCACCUGGUAAACGAGUUUCGGAACACGAAAAACAGAAGCGUAUUCACGCGUGGUUGGGAGAUCAAAGUACUGAAGUAUUGCUUCCAAAACCUACUCCCUCUCUCCCCCCACCAAGUGCUGGUAAACUACCAGCCCCCGAGCUUCCACAUUUUACAUUGGAUGAUAAACGAACCACACGAGGGCAUAGCCAGGAUGAGAGCGACACUUGCCAUAAUCUCUUAGCUUCGGAGUCUGAAUUUAUUUCAGGCGACGAGCUUCCAUUAGAAAGCGAUUCACCUCGGAAAGCAGUGAGACCUCGUGUGGCCACUUCUCCACAACGCAAAUCUAAAAUGGAAUCUGCAAGCCCGAAAAAAGCCAACGUGCCUUACUCAGCAUACGACUCUCUCGGCAUGAUUCAGCAAUUAUAUGACUCCCCCAUUAUGACAUCACAACCCCACGAUACAAACGAAAGAUGGGCGUACCCUGCACAUAGUAACUUCCCUAACGAUGAAACCAUGACAACCAUUGUUCCAAAACUCGCUCUAGCGGAACGUUCGCCCCCAUUACCCCAAGAAAUAGACUCAGCGCAGUCAUUGACUGUUAACCCAUCGUUAAGUGCAGGUGGCAACCUGGUUCCAGAGGAGCUUCGUUAUUACACAGAAGAUGAUACUUCAUUAUCAAUGUCGAAAUAUGAGGAAUACGAAAUGAGACCUAUUAAACCACUUAACACUGAGUUAAGGUUGGAAUUGUUCGGCCCAUCAUCACAUAACAACACAUCAUCUAAGCCACGACCUUUACCAUUGAAGAAAAACACGGGUUCAACAUCAAGACAUUCGGUUACUAAACUAAGGACAAGCAGCGGAAAAGAAAAUACUCCAGCAGUAACGAGAAGUUCUAAAAAACAAAGCAACGUUUCAACCAAGAAAACUGUUUCCUCCCCUGUCAAGCGAGAAACCCUGAGUCGUGUUUCAAAAGUUUCCAUGUCACCCCGUUGUCCUGUAGUGUGA